AUGGCUGAUGACGGUAGUGAGUUGAACGGACAAAAUGGUGUUGACCCCCUAGGACUGUUAAAUCAACGGCAGCAGUUGAAUCUGCAGAUUAAGCCCGCACCAGCGGCCCACCAGCAGCAACAAUUUUUCGCUCCCGUUGUGACCGUGUUCAUUCCCGUUUCUGCAGCUCAGCAGCAGCUGUUUACAAACAUUCCGCCCCACCAAUCGCAAUCCCAGUAUCCACUUCCCCUACAAACAUUCCGCCCCACCAAUCGCACGAUAUCGGACGAUAUCUUCGCCAAGUUGAUUAACUGUAAGGUGUUCAGCCAGAUUGAUUUGUCCGACGCUUUCUUGCAGGUGGAAGUCGACGAACAGUACCGCAAGUUGCUAACUAUCAAUACGCGUCGUUGUCUCUACUCCUACAACCGCCUCCCGCCCGGUGUGAAGAUCGCACCUGGUGCCUUCCAGCAGCUCAUCGAUACAAUGUUAGCCGGUCUGCAGUGCAAGUGUGGCUACCUCGAUGACGUCAUCGUUGGCGGAAAAACUGAAGAAGACCGCGAUCGCAAUUUACGGGUUUUUCUAAAACGAAUUCAGGUUUUCGGGUUCACCAUUCGAGUCGAUAAAUGCACCUUCCGCAAGCAGCAAGUGCAGUACGUGGGUCAUAUUGUCGACAGUCGCGGAUUACGUUCAGAUCCGGCCAAAAUCGAAGUGAUAUCCAAGCUGCUGCAUCCAACCGAUGUAUCCGGUGUGCGAUCAUUUUUGGGGGCUAUCAACUAG